ACUCGGCGACACGUUUCUACUGUCAAAACAGAAAACUUUCCGACAGAUGUAAGCUUAAGGAAAUUAUGUUGCAACCAGAAUUGGACCGACUUCGUACAGAGGGAGAUGUUUUAGUCAGAAGCUGCGGUGAUGUCUGUCCGACGAGUGAAACCGAGCAGAGUGAGGUGGAGGAGGGAAACCCGUUCAGCUUCAGCCCGCGGCUCAUCCACCUGCACAAGGACCAUGAGCUGUUUGAGGAUGGCGACAUCCAAAGACACAUGUACCUGCAAGACCUCUAUAUCUUUGCAGAAGAUGACAAGCCAUCACUCAGUGUGUCGGAGUUUGCCUGUCACAUUUCUGGCUGCACUACAGUCUUUAGCACUUUACAGGAGUAUGAGCACCACUACAACUCCCUGCACAGGAAUGUGUGCUGCUCCUGCCAUCGCUCCCUGCCGACUGCCCGGCUCCUAGACAUUCACAUUCAGGAAUGGCACGACUCUCUCUUCACUAUACUUGCUGAGAAACAAGAUAUGUACCAGUGUUUGGUGGAGGGCUGUGGACAGAGGUUCAGGACUAGUAAACACAGGAAAGACCAUUUAAUAAAGAUUCACAAGUACCCCCAAGACUUCAAAUUUGACAAAAUCAAGACAGACAGAAGAGAAAAGAAGAGGCAGCAGCACAAAGACACAGACAUGGAGGUAGUAGACGAUGUGUGUGUGUCUGAGGGUGUGUGUGAGGAUAUGUGUGGUGUGUUGUCCGACCAACCUGAGCAAGGAGAGUCAAUGGAAAUGCAUAUGACCGAUGAGGACACCACUGGCAUGGCAGCCAAUAUUGAAGAUCCUUCUUUAGCAGUUCACGGCACCACAAGCACAAGCACAGAUCCACUGAAACCUCGAUACUCCUACAGGGUUCCUGCAAAUAUUUGCUUUGGUCAGGCCUCUGUCCGAGGCUUUAGAGGACGACGAGGAAAAAGGAAAUAAUGUUUGAACCUUCUGUUUAGCAUCUUCGUUAUAAUAUUAACUUAAAACAAUACACUUUACCUUUAAAUAAAAUGAACUUUGCACAAAAAAUGUACCUGGAUUUUAGUUUGUGACAGCUAAUGCAAAAGUGUUUGCUCUCAUCGUGCCUCAAAGUGUUCUGUUUUUAGAAAGUGGGUCUGUCAUUUGAUUUUAUCUUUGUGUGUGUGUCAUAUGAGAUCAUAUCGAUAGGUUUACAGUAACCCAUCUCAUGUCAGUGCUUGAAGAACAAUUAAGAUUAAGGUUUAAAUUACAGUUCGCAUAAAAAUCAACCAAGACCUGUUAAAGAAAAAAAUGGAAAGGAACUGAAGAAUUUGCAGCAUACAGUAUAUUUUAAUAAUUGUACAAAACCCAUCAAAUAGAAAAU